UAUGUCUUCUACCUCAGCUGGUUCCAUUUUUCUUAACAGACACAUCUCCCCUUUUCUUUUUCUAGUCACCUACUUGGACCUUUUUGGUCUCUUGGCCAGAUGCCUAUCACGAACCCCCACCACCGCUACAAAUGGAAAGUUGGGGAGGAUCCAGAGGGGCCUUUUUCAGAGGAAGAGGAAGUGCGGCAAAAGGUCGAACGCGAUGAAAACGGUCAAAUAAUCAUACCCCGGCGCAGGGUCCUUGAUUUGUAUGAGAUUCUCGGUCUCGAUGACCAGGCGACUCAAGAUCAGAUCAGGGCUGCUUAUAAGAAGAAGGCGCUGAAGCAUCAUCCUGACAAGGCACCCCCGAGCAAGAAAGAAGAAGCGAACAGCCAAUUCCAAAAAAUCGCCUUCGCUUACGCCGUCCUUUCUGAUGAACGUCGCCGCGCGAGAUUCGAUAAGACCGGUAGUACGGAGGACGCCUUGGACGAAGAUGAGGAUUUCGACUGGACGGAGUUCUACCGGGAGCAGUUCGCGACUGCUGUUGAUGUCGAUGCGAUCGACAAGCUCAAGAAGGAAUACCAGGGGUCUGAGGAAGAGGUCAAGGAUAUCCUGCAGGCCUAUGAAGUCCACCGGGGCGAUCUGGAUAAAAUCUACGACUCUGUGAUGCUGUGUAAUGUCAUUGAUGAUGAUGAGCGAUUCCGCGCCAUCAUUGAUUUGGCAAUUGCGGAAGGAAGGGCCGGGAAGUAUAAGAAAUACACGGAGGAGCCGGUUAAAAAGCGUCAGGCCAGAUUGAAGCGGGCCCAGAAGGAAGCGAAGGAGGCGGAACAAGUGAGCAAGGAGAUGGAGGAGAACAAGUCUAAGACGGGUAGGAAGAACAAGGGAGGGAGGAAGAAGGAGGAUGGCCCCGAGGACGUGGGUGACUUGGCUGCGAUGAUUAAACAGCGGAACCUUGGUCGUCUUGACAGCCUCAUCAAUCGGUUGGAGGAGAAGUAUAACGUGGAUAGUGAGCUUAAUGAGCUGGGGCCGGGGCCGAGCAAGACCAAGAAGACGAGGAAGAAGCGAAAGUCGAGUCCUCCUGAAUCGGCAUUCGAAGAAAUGGCUGCGCGUGGGGAGAAGAAGCAGAAGAGGACCAAGGGGUGAGGUGUGUUAUCUUUGGGUGGACUGUCUUUCAUGCGUUAUUUUUCUCUUUUCUUUAUCACUACUAGUGCUGUCUUUGGGGUUGGGGAGUUCAGGUCAUGUAGGGACAUAUCCUUUCGCGGCAUGGUACAUUGAGUGAUUUGGCAAUCAGGCAUGGGAGUGCAUUGCUUUUGUUUUUGCUUUUGCCUUUUUUCCCACCCUGGGAUUCUAUUUUGACUUCUGCACAUUGCUAUCAUUGAGUGCCCAAUACAUAAGUAGUAGUGCUGGCAGUAAUAAG